AAAGUAUGGCAUCAUGGCAAACUGGUUUCAGUUGCUGACAGACCUUGUUCGAAAACGGAGCACCUUUAUAUUGGCUUGCCCGAGUUCUUAUCAUCCACCGUAUACAUUUUCUACAAAGAUGCUGAUAGUUCUAUUGCCAUUGGUGGGCUGCCUACUGGCCGUUCAAGCUGACUCCGUGGAGGAAGUUUUCAGAUCCCAUCAGGUGGUUCCCGACGUUAUUCCCGAGCCGCCAAACCAGUUAUUAAAGGUCACGUACAGCAACAACCUGGUGGCCAAGGAUGGAGUGGAGCUAACGCCCACGCAGGUUAAAGAUCAGCCGGUCGUGGAGUGGGACGCGCAGCCCGGGGCGUUUUACACGCUCAUCAUGACCGAUCCCGAUGCCCCCAGCCGAGCGGAGCCCAAGUUCCGCGAAUUCAAGCACUGGAUCCUGGCCAACAUUGCCGGCAACGACUUGGCAAGUGGUGAGCCAAUCGCCGAGUACAUUGGCUCCGGGCCACCCCAGGGAACGGGUCUGCAUCGCUACGUCUUCCUGCUGUACAAGCAGUCCGGCAAACUUGAGUUCGAUGAGGAGCGCGUGAGCAACAAAUCCCGCAAGGAUCGCCCCAAAUUCAGCGCCGCCAAGUUCGCCAAGAAGCACGAGCUGGGCAGUCCCAUUGCUGGAACAUUCUACCAAGCCCAAUAUGACGACUAUGUUCCAAAACUUCACAAGCAACUUUCGGAAAAUUAAUUCGGGUUUUAUCGCCCUCUUAAGCAGAUUCUCAAGAAAUUGAACACUAUAUGCAAACCCGAUUUUAAACAAUUGAUACAAAGUCGAGACUACUUUACGGAUCGUACUUUUCUUAUACAAUUUUAUAAUUGGAAUAUGAAA